CAGAGUGCAUAAUUAUUCUUCCUUUGUAUAAUUUCUUUUGAUAAACAAAUUGUACUAUAUUUCCAAUUUGUACACUUUCAUCGUCACAAAUUAUUUCGUGAUCCUCUACAAUGCACAAAGAGGCAUCAUCGUCACACUCAAUUAGAUACAUUUUCACAGCACUGAUUGAAAUGUUCACUUUUCAACAAAACACGUAAAUAAAAACUGAUUGUAAGACUGAUCAGACACGUAAUACAAUUCGUAAAAAGGAAAAUAAAGCACACAGGCACGUGCCGGAUUAAUUCUGAUGCCUCGAGUACAUCCAAGUGAUCCAAGUAGAAUACGUUGGAAUACUCACACGACGAUGCAUUCUGUGUCCAUGUGCACUAAGCAUAUGUGUAGCGUACAUGAACAUGGCCAAUAGCGCGCUUUAAGGUGCAUUCGAGGAGAACGUUAUUAACGUUAUUAACGCUAUCAGCAUGAACGCACCCUUAAUCGUUUAGUUGUUUAUGUUUAUACACUGCGCCAGAUCUGACAGUUUUGUUAUUGCUAGAAAGGUUACUUGUUUUUUUAUAUGAGAAACAAUAAAGAACAAAAUUAUACUUAACACGUGAAUCUAAGACCAGAUAUACAAUAGGUAUUGUAAUUAAACCUUAAGAAAUUGGUAAUCAUAAUUGAACAUGAAAAGAAUAAUGAUUUGGUAAUUUAUGUAACAUGCAUUUUUCAUGAACAAUAGGAGAAUAUCAUUUCUACUUAUGUUGAUCUCAGGCGUUAUAUAUGUAUACCAGUAAGAUCCUAUAAAAUAAAAUAUAAUAAUUAAAAAACUUGUAGAGGUGUAUCGAUUCCAAAAAUCACAGGCAAAAUAAGCGGAAAGCAGAUAUUAAAUGAAAAUUAUAAUAGGAAAUACAAAUUAAAAUAAAAUAUUAAAGCAAGUGGAAUGUCAUUCGUAAAUGAUAUGGAACAUGAAAAUUUUGUUAUGAAAAGAAAGUAUAAUAUUUGGAGAAAUAAUCCAUAUAUACCAAUUCCUUUAAGAAAUUUACAACGGUGGAAGAGAACAUCUGAUAUUGACAAACCUGGUUGUAGCACGAUACCAAUUACAGCUUUGUAUGAAAAUGAAUAUGACUGUUGUACUAGGAAUAAUGAAUUAAAUACUUUAGACUCAGAAAAUCGAGAUUAUAACUACACUGAUAAAUGUGAAGCUAAUAACAGCUUACAAAAUAACAACAAUGGUUUAAAUUUAAAAAAUGAUAAUAAAGAUAACGAAAAUCAUGAAUUGAACAACAGUGACAAUUUUGAAAGAAAUUUCGACGGCAGAGAUAAUAAUAAUACCGAGAAUAAUAUUAAUAAUAUACAAAUGAUUGACAACUUGUUGUAUAAGAAUAGUGAAAUUACUGUAUCUCAAAGUGUUCUAAUUAUUAUGAAUUUAUAUAUUCAUAAUAAAUUAACAAAGGCUGCUUUAACAGCUAUUUUAAAAGCGUUACAAUUAGUUCUUCCGAAACCUAAUAACAUGCCAAAAACGCAAUUUCAUUUGUUUCAAUUUGUUCGAAAUUUAACAACAACAUGUACUAUAAUUAAACACUAUUACUGUAGACAAUGUUUAUUUUAUAAUGGAAGCGAUAGUUCAAUGACAGUAUGUCCAUCUUGUUCGAGCAUAGAAAGUAUGUGGCAUUUUUAUGAAUUUGAUUUAGUAGAUAUUAUAAGAUAUAUGUUUGAAGUAAGAAACCUCGCUGAUAAAUUACAUGUUCCAUUUAGCGACAACAAUUUAAUAUUCGAUAUAACCGAUGGAUCCGAAUAUAUCAGAGUCAAUUCAAGACGUAAUAAACAACAAUAUGAUUUGACAUUAAUAUUAAAUACUGAUGGCCUUUCCCUCGUUAAAAGUGCUAAAAGUCAUUGCUGGCCAUUGAUGUUUACAAUUGCUGAGCUGCCAGAACAUCUAAGAGAAUCAUUUAUUGUUAUUGUAGGUCUUUGGUACGACACAAAUUCCAAACCAUUAAUGAACACUUUUUUACAGCCUUUUUGCAAAAAGCUUAAUGAAUGUUUUCAUAAUGGUAUUUCGUGGAUUCAUCCUACAACUAAAAAAGUUUACACUUCUAAAAUUGUGGCCCCAUUAAUAAUUGCAGAUGCACCAGCAAGAGCUCAAAUACAGAAUAUCCUUUCUUUCAAUGGCAAAUUUGGUUGUAAUAUCUGUGAAAUUAAAACAAAACAAUGCAGAACAAUUGCAGGAAAAAAAAUUAUUCGCGUAUAUGCUUUUCAAGAAGAACCAAGUAAAUUGAGAUCUGGAAAAAGAAUGAAAAAACAAGCUAGAAUAGCCAUAACAAAAGAAGUACACCAUGUUAAGGGAGUAAAAGGAAACUCUGUUAUUUCGACUUUGCCUCUUCUGGAUUUAGGCACAUGUGUUAUGCCUGAAUACAUGCAUUCUAUUCUCCUUGGAACAGUAAAGCAGUUAUUUAAUCUUUGGUUCUUUAAAAGGGGUACGUGGAAUAUUAAGGAAUAUGUUGAAGAAAUUGAUAAUUUUCUUUUGAAUAUUCGACCUCCUUAUUUUUUUAAUAGAAUGCCAAGAAGUGUAAAAUUACAUGCAUUUUUUAAAGCAUCUGAAUAUUAUAAUUGGAUUUUAUAUUACUCAAUCCCAACAAUUGUAAAUUGUUUGCCAAAUAAGUAUUUCCAGCAUUGGCUUUUAUUGGUAAUAUCUUUAUUCAAUUUAUUGCAAAAACCUAUUCGUAUUUAUCCCGAAUUAGAGCAAACAGAAAUUUUAUUAAAAUUGUUUGUGAGAGAUAUUGGAAAAUUAUAUGGUGAUGGAGAAUAUUCUUACAAUGUGCACCAACUUUUGCAUAUUGUAUUAUGUGUAAAACGAUGGGGUCCAUUAUGGGCCACAUCUGUUUUCCCUUUCGAAAAUUAUAAUAACUUCCUUGCUAAUUGUAUUCAUGGUUCUCAAAAUCUUGGCCAAGAAAUGAUUAAUAAUCUCACUUUAGUUCAAGGCUUACAAGUUUUACAAAGUCAAUAUGGACAUAAUGAAGAUACUUUUAAUAAUAAAUUUCAAAUAAAAACAUAUGCACUACUUGGAAAAUCUAAAGAAGUAAAAGACAUAGAUGACAUUGAAAUCAGAUUAAUUGAAUCAAAAAAUCUGCAGUUAAAAAAUUUAUGUUUCUAUGCUCGAGCAAAAAUUAAUAACGAAAUGUAUACUUCACAAAUCUACAAGGCUACAAAAACGAAUAGUUACACAGUUCAAGUUAUUAUUAAUGAUAACCAAACUUUAUACGGGUCUAUUCGAUUCUUCUUUGAGAUUGAAAAUAAUUUGUAUUUUAUUUUGCAGUAUUUUACCGUAGAACAUACUAAAAUGUUCGUUCAUUUUGAAACUAAUACAAUUGUUAAACAUAUUGUACCUGUCAAGGAAGAAAAUCAAUUUAUAUUACUAAAAGUAAAUGAUUUGAUUAGAAUAUGUCAUGUUAUAAGAGUUGGAAGUUAUAUAUGUAAACGUCCAAAUACUAUGAAAAAAGUUAUGUAAAUAUUAUUAAGUUGUAUUAUAAGUAAAAAUAUUAUCAGAUUUUUUAAAAUAAAGUUUAAUUUACAUUGCUUAUUAA